UUCCGGUAGCCUGGCCUGUGCUGGCGGCGACUAGAUGCCCGCGCGCGGUGGUAGUGCACGCCUGGGCAGAGGAUCCCUAAAACCGGUGUCGGUGACCCUGCUCCCCGACACCGAGCAGCCUCCACUUCUUGGACGAGCCCGCCGCCCAGGGAAUGCCAGAGCAGGAUCCCUAGUGACCGGAUAUCAUGAGGUCGGCCAGAUGCCUGCGCCGCUUUCCCGAAAGAUUGGGCAAAAAAAGCAGCGACUGGCAGAUUCAGAGCAGCAGCAGACCCCUAAAGAGAGACUCCUGUCGCCCCCGGGUCUCCGGCGGAGUAUCUACUUCUCCAGCCCACAGGACCGUUCUGGCCGGCUAGGACCAGAGUUUUUUGACCAGCCAGCAGUCACCCUAGCCCGUGCAUUUCUGGGACAGGUUCUUGUCCGGCGACUAGCUGAUGGAACAGAACUCCGUGGGCGCAUUGUGGAGACUGAGGCGUACUUGGGGCCAGAAGAUGAAGCUGCUCACUCAAGGGGUGGCCGGCAAACCCCCCGGAACCGUGGCAUGUUCAUGAAACCUGGGACCCUGUAUGUGUACCUCAUCUAUGGCAUGUACUUCUGCUUGAACGUCUCUAGUCAAGGGGCUGGGGCUUGUGUCUUGCUAAGAGCACUAGAGCCCCUGGAGGGCCUGGAGACCAUGCGGCAGCUUCGUAACUCCCUCCGAAAAAGCACUGUCGGCCGUUCCCUCAAGGACCGUGAACUCUGUAGUGGUCCCUCCAAGCUGUGCCAGGCCCUGGCCAUUGAUAAGAGCUUUGACCAGCGAGACCUGGCUCAAGAUGAUGCUGUGUGGCUGGAGAAUGGCCCUCUGGAGUCCAGUAGCCCAGCUGUGGUGGCAGCAGCCCGCAUAGGUAUUGGUCAUGCAGGGGAGUGGACACAGAAGCCCCUGCGCUUCUAUGUCCAGGGCAGCCCAUGGGUCAGUGUGGUAGACAGAGUGGCUGAACAGAUGGAUCAGCCUCAGCAAACAGCCUGCUCUGAGGGGCUUUUAAUUGUUCAAAAGUAAAAUAAAUCUCCUGUUUUUAGA